CGACGGGAUUGUGAUGGAAAACCUCGCGGAGAGGUUUAUGGCCGAAGUUCAAAUUCCAGAAGCCCGGAGCUUUUACGCUUUUCAAAUUGCAGUUGAAAACAUUCACUCCGAGACUUACAGCGUUCUAAUAGACUUAUAUAUUCGAAAUGAAAAAGAAAAAGAACUUUUGUUCGACGCCAUUCACAACAUUCCGGCGGUGGCGGUGAAGGCGGCGUGGGCGGCCAAGUGGAUGAACCGCAGCAAAUCUUUUGCGGAAAGACUCGUGGCUUUUUGUUGCGUGGAAGGAAUUCUUUUUUCCGGAUCUUUUUGCGCCAUUUUUUGGCUCAAAAAACGCGGACUGAUGCCGGGCCUCACGUUUUCGAACGAAAUGAUAAGCCGCGACGAGGGGCUGCACGCGGACUUCGGCUGUUUGCUCUAUUCGCUGCUGCGCCGCAAACUCGACGCCGAAGUUCUCCGCAAAAUCGUUUUGGAAGCCGUCGAAGUCGAAAAGGCUUUUAUUUGCGACGCACUUCCUUGUGAUUUAAUUGGAAUGAACAGUACGCUGAUGGGGCAGUACAUCGAGUUCGUGGCGGACCGGCUGCUGCAGUGCCUGGGGGCGGCGAAGCACUUCGGCGCAGCAAAUCCUUUUCCGUUUAUGGAAUUAAUUUCUUUGCAAGGAAAAACGAACUUCUUCGAGAAGAGAGUGGGGGACUACCAGAAGGCGGGCGUGAUGGUGCAGGACAAGCAGCAGCAGAGCUUCGCGCUCGACGCCGACUUCUAG